AUGGGAGGGGUAGUUUCAAGUUUUCGAAGAAAGUCAGAAGACAAUUAUGAAAAAAUCUUAUCAGAAUUAGAUGAAAAUAUUCGACAAGCGGAAAUUCGAUUAAGAGAAAUAAGAAUUCGAGAACGAAAUGCCGUAAUUAUUUUAAUAGUAUAUUCAUUAAUAGCGUACGCAACUUAUGUAAUUGGAUAUUGGUAUUUCGUAUAUAUGUCAAAUGAAGAAGAAGGAUGGGAUUUAUUAAAAUUGGCACCAGUAUUUACGGGACCAUUUCUUAUUGUGAUUGGAUAUAAAUUUGAAACUUUAUGGUUUAGAAGAAAAGAGACAAAUGAACAAACUCAACUUGAACAACUUAAAGCAAAACAAAAACUUAAGGACAAAAUGGAUUACGAUCAGGAGGAAAUAUUCGACCUAAUCAAAUGA